UCCGCCGCGCUCGCCGCAGGGCGGGCGCGCUGUUCCACUGGGCCGCGGGGCGGCUGGAGCAGGCGCUGACCCCCGAGCCCCUGGACCCGGAGCCCGGCCCGCCGACGCCGCCGAGGCGCUCGCUGCCUGGUGCCGCCGACCCGCCCAAGUGCGCCCCGACCCCGCUGGGGCUGCUGCCCAGCCCCUUCGCGGGCUCGACCUCGGCCCCAGGCCUGCUCGCGUGCAGGCCGCCGCCCCUCGACAUCCGGCCGGCCCUCGACCUGUUCAGGCCGCCGAGGAGCUCACCUUGCGGGUCCCGCGGCUCCAUGGAGUCCCCGCACGGUUCAAUGGCCGGGUCCCCCACCUCGCCAUCGCGCCGGCGGUUGCCGCGAUACCCCUUGCGGCCCGCUGCCGGUUGCAGGUCGCAGCCAGUGCUGGAGCCGCGUGCCUCCCUGGCCGCGAGCUUGGCGGACGUCGCGUGCUUGCGCACCACCGUGAUCGUCGCGGGGAGGUGCCGCAAAGCCAGCUUGCUGGCUGCGCGCGCCCUGUUCCUGAGGCCGCACACGCUGGUCGUGCUCCUCGUGCACGGCGCGGAGGACGCCGCGCUGGCCCGGUGGGAGCUGCGCGACCUGGAGGGCGGUGGCUCGAGCCGUCUGGAGGUCGAGCAGUUCGACGUCGACACGGCCGAGGGCGCGGCGUUCAACGCGGAGCGCAUCAUGGUGCGGUUCCCCACCAUCAAGGGGCUCGUCAUCGACGCGAAGGGGCUCCCCCAGAUGCCCUACAAGUGGGCCACCGAGUACGACGUUUCCUGGGCGCUCGCGGGUGCCACCGCCGUCUUCGAGGCGUUGCGGCCGUUCUUCGCGUCGGGGGCGCGGGUAUUGGUGCUGAGCAGCAGGUGCGGUACGAACGGGGCGAUGAAACUGUCGCAGGAACAGCACGCCAGGUUGUUCAAGCACGAGGCCGCCGACGAGAGAUCCCUCGAGGCGCUGGCGGCCGAGUUCCGCGCGGACCUCGCCGAGGCCAUGGACCAGGGCAGAUCGAUCCCGUGCAGGUCGCGGCGCGGCUGGUGGC